AUGUCGCUCGGGGAGCAGCGCGCGGCACGCCGGGAACUAGAGUCCCCGGGGCGCGCACGAGCCGGGGCGGUUGGCAGGGAAGCGACCCCCGAGGAGAAGCUGCGGCUGCGAAAGGAGAAGCGGCAGCAGAAGAAGAAGCGCAAGGAGGAGAAGGGCGCCGAGCCCGACGCCGGCCCGGUCGUGGUGGAGCAGGGGGCGCCGCCGCCGCCGCCGCAGGCCUGCCCAGGCACCGCGGGAGAGACCCCCUCAGGAGGGAAGCGUCUUCCCGAGCACCCUCGGGCGGAUGACCCCACGCUUCUGAGAAGGCUUGUGAAAAAGCCCGAGCGUCAGCAGGUUCCUACACGGAAGGAUUAUGGGUCCAAAGUCAGUCUUUUCUCUCACCUACCCCAGUACAGCAGACAGAAUCCUCUGACUCGAAUGAUGAGCAUCCCGUCUUCUGUGAUUCACCCAGCUGUGGUGCGCCUCGGUCUGCAGGACUCCCAAGGCCUGGUCAGUGGCUCCAAUGCCCGGUGCAUUGCCCUGCUUCGUGCCCUGCAGCAGGUUAUCCAGGACUACACAACGCCCCCCAGCGAAGAUCUCUCUCGGGAUCUGGUGAAUAAGCUAAAACCCUAUAUCAGCUUCCUGACUCAGUGCCGCCCCUUGUCAGCGAGUAUGCACAAUGCCAUCAAGUUCCUGAACAAGGAAAUAACUGGCGUGAGCCGUGCCAAACGGGAAGAGGAGGCCAAGUCGGAACUUGGAGCAGCCAUUGAUCGCUUCGUGCAGGAGAAGAUUGUUCUUGCAGCCCAGGCGAUUUCACGCUUUGCCUACAAGAAGAUCAGUGAUGGGGAUGUGAUUCUGGUGUACGGAUGCUCAUCGCUGGUGUCACGGAUUCUUCGGGAGGCUUGGACGGAGGGCCGGCGCUUUCGGGCGGUCGUGGUGGACAGCCGGCCGCGGCUUGAAGGGAGGCACACGUUGCGUUCUCUGGUUCGCGCUGGGGUCCCUGCCUCCUACCUGCUGAUUCCCGCAGCCUCCUAUGUGCUCCCAGAGGUCUCCAAGGUGCUGUUGGGAGCUCAUGCACUCCUGGCCAAUGGGUCCGUGAUGUCACGGGUAGGGACAGCACAGUUGGCUCUGGUGGCUCGAGCCCAUAAUGUGCCCGUGCUGGUCUGCUGUGAAACAUACAAGUUCUGUGAGCGUGUACAGACUGAUGCCUUUGUCUCUAACGAGCUAGAUGACCCUGACGACCUGCAGUGUGAGCGGGCAGAGCGUGUUGCCCUGGCUGACUGGCAGAACCACCCGUCCCUGCGGCUGCUGAAUCUGGUCUAUGAUGUGACUCCCCCAGAGCUCGUCGACCUUGUGAUCACGGAGCUGGGGAUGAUCCCCUGCAGUUCUGUGCCUGUUGUCCUGCGUGUCAAGAGCAGCGACCAGUGAGGGAACAGGGUCAAUAAAUGACAUCCUUCCUCUCUCGGUAA